UUCCAACUACUACUACUAUGACUACUUAUCAAAUAGAAUUGCUGGAAUGUUUUCUUCUAAGGACACUUCUUAUCAAAACAGCACCCAAACCUUCAUGUUUGACUAUCAGUCAGCUUUUGAUUAUGGACAGACUCUAAUUAAAACUUCUUCACCUAUGAGAAAUAGUCAGAAUUAUAGAUCUAUUUAUAGUUACAGCCAAGGCGUUCUUUAUGAUUCAGAACCACAAUUCUCAUCUCCAGAAAAGUCCAAAAAAGAAUCAGUGGUGUCGCAGGUUAUCCGAAACAUUAUGACAGUAAUCUGCUAUGUGAUGGUAUUGAUCACACUUCCUCUGACUGGUUGGUUAAGUAUAAAGAAAGUUCCAGCUUUAGAGAGAGUGGUUAUUUUCAGAAUGGGAAAAAUGCUUCCAGUAAAGGGACCUGGAUUUGUCAUUAUUCUACCCUGCCUGGAUCAUUGGAUGAAAGUCGAUCUUAAACCUCGAUCAUUCAACAUAGACCAACAACAGUUACUUACAGCUGAUGGUGGAAUAUUAGAGGCAGAUGUUGUUUUCCAGUACUGUGUGAUAGAUGUUCAACGGUGUGUACUAAGAGUUCAAGAACUACACAGAGCAAUGGAGCAAUUGGCUAAACAAGGACUUAUCAAUUUACUUAGUCAGAAAGACAUGAUUGACAUCACAAAACAGAAGAAAAGUUUAGAGACAGAUGUUAAGGCAGAUAUAAAUAAGACAACAUUGCAGUGGGGAUUAGAACUAAUGGAUGUAAACAUAGGGCCAGUAAAAGUGAUAAAAGCUGCAGAACCAUCCAAUUCCAUAAAACCUGUUAUUGCAAGCUUGAAAACAGCAUUUGGAAUGCAUUCUGAAACUGAAGAUGCAAGCAGUUUGGAGUUGAAAUCAAUAGCUGGUCCUCUGUCCAACUCAGUUGCUGAAACCAUUCCUCAAGACUUUAACAGCUUAGUCAAAAUGAUUGAACAACUAGCUCAAGCAUCACUCUCUGAGAAAGAAUUCAAAGAAAAUGCUGUUAUCAGACUAGAUGUUGAAGGUCCUGAUGGAGGAGUUAUAAACAUCAUUUUGUCAAAUGGUGUUGUACAAGUGGCUACAGGAAGUAGUUCUCCCAGUGAUCCAAAUGUCGAAAUCACCCUUUCAAAAGAAACUCUUUCAAAGAUUUUAUGUCUCAAAACAAGUCCCAGGCAAGCAUACUUAGAGGGAGAUAUCCAGGUUUCUGGAGACUGGGGCUUAUUAUACAGUUUUUCGACUAUAAUUUCAAAUGCUCAUUAGUUUUUAAAAUGUAGUUAAAGUAUAUAUGAUUAUACAAAAUAAUUUUGAACAUAAAGUAAUGAACAUAGUUGAAUUAUUCACAAUACAGUUCUAAGACUACAGGUUUUAUUUAAUAGUUCAUAUAAUUUCUCUCUCUGAUGUUCUAAGUGGUUAAGGAACCACAGUGUAUAUACUAUACUGAAAACUUGUAAUUGUCAAAAUCUGUUUGAUGCUAUGGUUUUGUUUGGAAAAAGUAGUAAUUUGUUUUAUGCAUAAUCAGAGAAAAAUAAACCUUGAGUUUUCAUAUUAGUUAUCAGUUCUAAAAAUUUAAAACAAAUGUUAGUUUCAGGGUGAAGUGUGUGUGUGUGCUUCUAAAAAUUAGUUUUAUUCAAGAUACACAUAUGUUUCUUAUGCUUGAGUGUGCCAGAUUUCCAGAAACAUUUAUUUUAAAUAGUCAGAUUUAGUUUUAGUAAAAUGUUAAAGUUUUCAGUUAUAAAAAUUGUUUUAAAACUAUAUUAUAUUUAAAACUAUUUGAGUAUUCUGUGAGAGAAAAUAAUGCUGAUUUUUUUUGUAUUUGUUUUAUUCUAUGCAGUUCAAUUUUGCCCAUUUUAGAUUUUUGUUCUAAACCACAAUUUUAAAUCAGAAAUGAGAGUUUCCUGUCUUAAUAUUUAUCUGUUAACAGUGAAAAAAAAUUGCAUUGGUUGCUCAGGUUAAGUAACCCUUUUGAACUUAUGGCCUGACUGUCCCUUUUACUUAUCUAUAUAUGCCAGUCUGUCACCUUUUCUUUUUUCAGUGUUGAGUACUUUGCAGUGCUCCCAUCCUUGUUAAAGUUUUGUAUCAAAAUAUAAAUGGGUCACUUUUUAAUCAACAUCCUAGUUAUAUAUGAACUUUUACCCAAUCAAAAGCCAACAUUUUAAUUAGAAAAAUCAGACUAUAGAUCAAUAAUUUGAUAUUAGAAAGUUUUAAAAUUGUAGGAGUGUGAACUGUUGUGUCAUUUUGGUACACUGCUUGUAUAAUAUACUUUGAAAUACUGCAACAAGGUGUUACCAGAUUGGGAUUUUUUCUUUUCAUUAGUAGGUGUUUGUACCUUUCAACAUUUUUCAUGUUUGAUUAUAUCCCAUGUAUUGUCCAUAAACUUCAUACAUUAAUAAUGUUCUCAAUUUACUUUUUUCUGUUUAUGCUUGGUACAUGACAUUUUAUAAGGUUGUGUCAUGAUAACGAGAAAAACUGCUGUUUAUUUAGUUUAUAUUGAUUGAAUUUUGUAAUUUUGACACCUUACCACAAGGUUUCACAGACAAUGGUAUAAAUGUACAAAAGUAAUGCUGUUUAGACCUUUGAAGUAAGUAACAUUGUAAGUUAUGAAGAAGAAGCAACAUCUACCAUAUUUAAUUUACCUUUUUUAUUCCUGAAUCAUUUUCUAUAUAAAAAAAUUAUGUAAAUGCUUAAUACACCCAAGUAAAGAUAUUUAUAGAUGUUUGAAAUAAAAUUUGUUAUUUAUAAUUUUUUCCCCACCAAAGCUAUUGAUUUUGGAAAGAAGAUAUUGUACAAAUAUGAAUAUUUGUGUUAAUAGAAAUAAGUGUUAUUACUGUGCUUUUAGAAUAACAACUUUUGCUUAUUGAUUAAACACUUGUAUCCUUGACUGAUGUUUUCAGAGAUUAAUAAAAGAGUACUUACUAUACAA